CUCUUCUGCACAGAAGCCAGAAUGGAAGCAUCGAAAUCGGAGAUUCAAGCCUGGGAGUACAACAGCACCGACGAAAACGAAAAGCUUGCUCACAAGUAUCAUCCAAACCGCGCCAUCCCUCUCUCUCAUGUGCAUGGCCUGGGAAUUCUCACCUGGAAGCUAGAUGUUGAUAAUUGGGAGUCCGACACCGAGCUGAAGAACAUAAGGAGCGACCGCGGCUACAAAUACUCCGUACGUAGCCACGCCGCCAUCGUUCUCUACUUGCUUUUUCCUUUCGAUCCAUCAAUGUUUGACAAUCUCGUUGCAGGAAGUCAUAACGGUUUCUCGAGAAGCGAUGGUCGACUUCGACGCCAGAGUGAAAGGUUUCUUCAAGGAACACAUGCACUCCCAGGAGGAGAGCCGUCUCAUUCUCGAUGGCAGCGGAUACUGGGAUAUCAGAGAUUACGACGACAAAUGGAUCCGCUUUUACGUCCAGAAAGGCGACCUCGUUGUUCUCCCUCCCGGCAUGUACCACAGGUUCACUCUGGACACAAACGAUUACAUCAAGGCACUGCUGCUGUUCACGGAAAAUCCUGUAAGAACACAGCACCAGCGAUCAGACGACAGUGCAGCCAGGUAACCCAAACUUGCACAAAAUCUAGCCGAACAGAUCUUCCAAACCGCUUCUUUGUUUUCCAGGAAGCUGUACGUUGAGAAGUAUCUACUGCAACAGCGAGUCAAGGCACAGUGAUCGACGUGUGAGAGUCGACCCGGCCAUUUUCCUGCUAUGUACUAUAGUAAAGUUGCGCUGAUAUUUUCUUUCCCUGCCCCUUUGUUUUUCUCCCGAGAGUGUGUUUAACACGGGGAGCUUGCGAAUAGAUGUGAGAAAUCUAUCCUCUCGUCCCUAUAAUGUAUACCUUCCAAUCAUAUAAAUAUCUUACUACCACUUGCAUAGA